AUGAAGUUUGUUAUUUUGUCUCUUCUUGUCCUUCAGGUACAAUGUGAUUUCAACCAACUCUUCAGCCGAAUUCAAAACUCAGAUCACGCUAGUCAAUUACAAAAUCAUUUAUCGUCUCUAUCGAAUACAAUGAAUGCCAAAAUUGCACCUUUUGAGAAUUUAACAUCCUUCUUCAAAGAGGGUGUAACCAAAGUAGAGCCCGUAUAUCUUGGUCAAAAUGACGAUCAUACGAAAAAAAUUGUUCAAAACGUUCGUGAUUUGCUGGAGAGAAGAGCCAACCAGACCAAUGAAACAGUUGCUAACUUGAAGAAUAUUAUGCAAUCCACAAAAGAAUCUUUCUUGAACAACACAUCAAACUUGAAGGAUAUCGCCGUCUCAUUGAAGAAUUUGGAUUCGCAUCAAUUCUUGAACAGGAAUGCAUCUGAAUUCAUUGACCAUAUCAAGAAGUUACAUGAGAGUGGAGAAAUGAAGAAUCUCAUGACCAAACACGCUGAGUCCGUUUUGAACAAAAUUUUCGGAAAUCUGAGUGACAGUUGCUUGGAGUCCUUCAAUACUAUCAAUUCCAAUGUUAUGACCACCAAAAUUAACGAAAUGGAACAAAAAGUUACUGCAUGGGGCGUUGAGUGUGGACAGACUGAAAAGAUCAAUGAGAUGACUGGUAAGGUUUUGGAAAUCGCUCAAACUCAAUCAGAUCACCUUGACAGAAUAAUUGGUGACUUAGCAGCACUCAAAGAAAAAUUCAAGACAUUGGUUGCCAAUAAGGAUCAGACUUUAGUUGAUCUCAUGAAAGCACAAGCUAAUAUCAUGGCUGAACACCCUGAUAGCAGCCAUAUCUUCACCAUGAUCUUGGCUCAAGUUCAUAGAAAUACCACUGCUGCCCUUCAGCAAGCACAAUUUGGCUUCCCUUCAAAUGAUGACAGAAUGGUUCGCCCAGCAAUAAAUAGUGACAGAGCUCAAAUUCAAAUUCUCCCAUUAUCAGUAAAGGAAUCUUCACCAAUGGCAGCAGCUGUGGAAGCAACCGACGAUAUGUUCAAGUUAGCUGUAGAAGAAGAGGAAACUGAUCAGAACCAAGACAAGAAGGAUAAGAAAAACAAGAAAAAUAAGAACAAAAAGAACAAGAACAAGAAGAACAAAAACAAAGACUCAUCUGAAUCAGAUGAAGCUGCUGAAUGA